GCUGGGUUAUGGUGGCCUGAACAGCCAGCGCAGCCGCAGCCGCAGGAGCCCCGAGCCGCGGCCCCUUCCCUCGCCUCCGACCCGGCCCGGAGGACCGGGGAUGCAGAUGGCCAUGGCCGCCCCGCCCAGCCCCCCGAGAGCCCCUAGCCCCCCGCUGCGGCUGACCGCCGCCGUCCAGAUGUAGCUGGUCCCGGAUCCCCGUCGCUCGCUCCUCGUGCGCUGCGGCUUUAUUUGUCUUGCCCGCUCUCCGCAGCCCGGACCCCAUGACCGAGUGAGGAGCCCGCAGCCUCUGCAGUCCUAAUGCUGCCGAGGCCCCUGUCCUGAGAGAAGCCGCCACUACCCGGGCUCGGGGGCAGGUAACAGGGACAGUCUUCCUCCUCCGGGGCGAGCCCACUCGGCUCUGGGCCCACCAUGGCCGCAGCCCUGCGCUGGCUCCUGCUGUGGGUGGGCUCGGGAGUGCUGCCUGCCCAGGGAACGCAGCACGGGAUCCGGCUGCCCUUACGCAGCGGCCUGGCCGGGCCCCCCCUGGGGCUGCGGCUGCCCCGGGAGACCGACGAGGAACCCGAGGACUCUGGCCAGAGGGGCAGCUUUGUGGAGAUGGUGGACAACCUCAGGGGCAAGUCGGGCCAGGGCUACUACGUGGAGAUGACCGUAGGCAGCCCCCCACAAACGCUCAACAUCCUGGUGGACACAGGAAGCAGUAACUUUGCAGUGGGCGCCGCCCCCCACCCUUUUCUGCAUCGCUACUACCAGAGGCAGCUGUCCAGCACCUACCGGGACCUCCGGAAGGGUGUGUAUGUGCCCUACACCCAGGGCAAGUGGGAGGGGGAGCUGGGCACUGACCUGGUGAGCAUUCCUCAUGGCCCCAACGUCACCGUACGUGCCAACAUUGCUGCCAUCACUGAAUCGGACAAGUUCUUCAUCAAUGGCUCCAACUGGGAAGGCAUCCUGGGGCUGGCCUAUGCUGAAAUUGCCAGGCCUGACGACUCCCUGGAGCCCUUCUUUGACUCUCUGGUGAAGCAGACCCACAUUCCCAACCUCUUCUCCCUGCAGCUGUGUGGUGCCGGCUUCCCCCUCAACCAAUCUGAGGUGCUGGCAUCAGUUGGAGGGAGCAUGAUCAUUGGGGGUAUCGACCAUUCACUGUACACAGGCAGUCUCUGGUACACACCCAUCCGGCGGGAGUGGUAUUAUGAGGUGAUCAUUGUACGUGUGGAAAUCAAUGGACAAGAUCUAAAAAUGGAUUGCAAGGAGUACAACUAUGACAAGAGCAUCGUGGACAGUGGCACCACCAACCUUCGCUUACCUAAGAAAGUGUUUGAAGCUGCAGUCAAGUCCAUCAAGGCAGCCUCCUCGACGGAGAAGUUCCCGGAUGGCUUUUGGCUAGGAGAGCAGCUGGUGUGCUGGCAAGCAGGCACUACCCCUUGGAACAUCUUCCCAGUCAUCUCACUCUACCUCAUGGGUGAGGUCACCAAUCAGUCCUUCCGCAUCACCAUCCUCCCACAGCAAUACCUGCGGCCGGUUGAAGAUGUGGCCACAUCCCAAGACGACUGUUACAAGUUCGCCAUCUCUCAGUCCUCCACGGGCACUGUUAUGGGAGCUGUGGUCAUGGAGGGCUUCUACGUCGUCUUCGAUCGGGCCCGAAAGCGAAUUGGCUUUGCCGUCAGCGCUUGCCAUGUGCACGAUGAGUUCAGGACAGCGGCAGUGGAAGGCCCUUUUGUCACCACGGACAUGGAAGACUGUGGCUACAACAUUCCACAGACAGAUGAGUCGACCCUCAUGACCAUAGCCUAUGUCAUGGCUGCCAUCUGCGCCCUCUUCAUGCUGCCACUCUGCCUCAUGGUGUGUCAGUGGCGCUGCCUCCGCUGCCUCCGCCACCAGCACGAUGACUUUGCGGAUGACAUCUCCCUGCUGAAGUAACGAGGCCAUGGACAGAAGACAAAUUCCCCUGGACCACAUCUGGGUGGUUCACUUUGGUCACACAAAUCGGAGAAACAGAUGGUUCCUGUGGCCAGAGCACCUCAGGACCCUCACCCACCGGCCAAAUGCUUCUGCCUUGACAGAAAAGGAAAAGCCGUCAAGGUGGGUUACAGGGCUUGUAGGAAACAGGAGAGGGGAGAAAGCAGCACUGUGGUGGUGGGAACAAUCCUGGUAACCUCAAACUUGAAAUGGGAAAUCCCACUGCUUGAGACGUCAGCCCUGAACCUGUGCCCACCCUCUCUUUAGAUUCUCCAACCCAAAGUAUUCUUUCUUUCCUUCCAGAAGUCCUGGCAUCACCCCCAGGGCACCCAGCAUGUGUUUCUGUGGUGCCUUGGCAGAGAAAGGGCCAAUCUCAUUUUUCUGCUGGCCGAAGUCAGCAGCAGAUGCACAGUUCGCCUUUGCUUUAGCGAUAGGGAGUGCAGAAAGAGACCUACACUGGUGCAAAGACUGCUUCUUGACUAAUAGAAAUGGAUGUGGUGAAUAUUUGCACUCCGGGGUACUCGAGAUGAGCAAAGAGUACAGACGGGGAGCAGUUGCUGUCAAAGCUAGGAAAGGCAGGAGAGUGUAACCCCUCACCAGCCCCAGGUUCAGACUUCAUCUCCAAGACAGAAUCCCAUCUUGAUUAAGACAGCUGUCACUUCCUAAUAGAGUCUAUGGGCUAUGGAGCUGGCUCGGUGGUUAAAGGUGCUUGUUUUCAAUGUGUCUGUGGUCAUAGCCUGAUGAGAAGUGAGGUGGAAAGAAGGGCUUAUUAGCCAAAGAGCUCUUUUCAAAGCUCUCUUAAAGGAAAAGUGCCCAUGGAGAAGUUCCAAUCCCUUCCUUAUUAAUUCCACUUGUCUCUACCUGUUUCUUCUGUGUGUGAUAGGUGGCCCUGGGUAUCCUGUAGGAGAGCAGUUAGAAUGUAGCUGGGAUGGGCAAUGUCUUCCCAGGCACAGGUUCACUCCUUACACUUAAGCCCUACUGCUCUGGAGCUUUGCAGCCAAGGUGCUAAAAGAACAGACAGCAGAGCUCUCCUGUGUGACCCUUGGGGGCAGAAUGCUGAAGACCCAUUCGACAGGUCGAUGCCUUUACCACUGCCUGGAUUUCUCUGUGCUCAGUGGUGUGGUCUUUAUGAAGUGCUGAGUGGUUUCACUGCUUUCUCACCUCUCCGGCAGCCCCUUCGUUUAUUUGGCUAAGGUGUCUCACUCUGGUUAGUAUUAAACCAUGAAUGUAAGAAACGGGGGGCUUUCUGGCUAUAAGGUAUUGCCUUCACUGUCAGGGCUGCCUGGAGAAAGGAUGGCAGCCUUGGGGCUUCUUAUUUCCUUCACCUUUCCUGCUGCGGCCUCCUCUUCUGCUCUCUGCCGCCACUCCCAGCAGUACCAUGGGUGCCAAGGCUGGCUCUUGGGCAAGGAAGUGGGGGCCUCCCUGUCAGCUCUAACAUACUAGACUGAAACUAGUGUUAUGGGAAGAGCUGUUUUCCUGGGAUAGCCCCCGCACCCUGCCCCGUUUGCUCCACACACUGCUUCAAGGGAAUGAACCUACUAAGUGUGUUGUUACCUGAUGAGGGACAGGGAAUGACAAGGAGGGCCUCGGGAGUUGCUGGCCUCUGCCAGUUGCCCACAAGCCAUAAACCAAUAAAAUAAGAAUAUGGAGUCAUGGUUUUUCAUCUGGGUCCUCUUCAUUCCCAAUGCUCUGGUGCUGCUCUGGCUGACGGGGAACACCCCACAACUACAAAGACUGCCUGGAAGACUGGAGACCGUCCACUUCCAGAUCAGAACUUAGUGUAAAUAAACUUCCAGAAUCGCUACCAUGAAACGAAAACGCCACACUCUGCUUUAUCAUUUCUACACAUGUUGGGGAAAACCACCUUUUCCCCAUCUUGCCAGGGCAAAAAACUCAACCUAGUCAUUCAACCCAGUAACUCCUGUUCUUUUUAAGGGAAAACUUGCACUUAUUUUUCUUUUGACAGCUACUUCCUUUGUACUCUGAAACUAUGAACUCUGAAGUGUAAAAAAGAAAAAUAAUUUGCCAACAGCUUCUUGGUUGUAAAAAUAUGUAUUAUGUAUGCAAGCUCAAUUUUAAAACUCUACUCAUGAAAAAGUGACUGUCCCAUUUCCAUACUGAAUUUGGGGCCUUUACCACUAGUGUGCAUAGCUUGUACCACUGGGAGCCCAGUAGGCAGAGGUGACGGGGGAAGGAGGGCAGGGAUGGCAGAGUUUGAGGGUGUCUUUUUUAUUCCCUGGUACUGAGGACUGAACCCUGGGCAGUGCCUCCCCAACCCUGGAGUGUGUUUUGCCACUGCUCCUCAGAAAGGAAGAGAAAAGCACAAUGCUGAGGCCCAGGCUCCUGGGAGAGCUGGCUGUCCCAGGCUUGCACUGCGAAGCAGCUGAGCCCUUAUACAUUCCCUCCUUCUCUCUUUCUCAUUUUUGGCUUCUAAGAUUUUUUGAAAAGAACAUUGUUUUGGAUUUUUUUUUUAGACUUUAAAUUUUUUUUAUUCAUUUUUUCAUUUUUGACACCUUCAUACAUGUAUAUAUAUUUUUUUCUUUUAUUCCCAUACUAUAGAUUUUUGGUAUAAAUUUCCAUUUCUCUGGGGUAAGCACCGAAAAGUAUACUCCUAGGAGUUCUGUAUAGAUGCAUGUUUACUCCAAGGAAUGUUUUGGAUUUUUUUUAAAGACUCUCACUAUGUAGACCAAACUGGCAUUCAACCUGAAUUUGUUGCAAUCUUCCUGCCUCUGAGGCCUCCUGAGUACAUGUGCCACCAUGACCUCUGGUGAGAAACUUUUUUAAAAUUAUUUUUAUUUACUCAUUUACUUUGAGACAGGAUCUCAUGUAGUCCAAGUUGGCCUGGCCUCAAUUCUCUAUGUAGUCGAGGCUGGCCUUGAACUCCUGACCCUCUCAAGUGUGAUUACAGGCUUGGGUCACCACGCCUGGCUAGAAACAAUAUUAUUUAUUUCCAUUUCCAAUUUUAAAUUUCCAGAGGACAACAAAAGAUACUACAACAACUAGCAUAAACUGCUGCAAAGGUGAAGGGAGAGAAAAGGCCUAAGAUUACAAGAUAAAAUGAAGGAACUGGUCUUCCAUUUUGCCACCUUUCCUGUUCACAACAAUACCAAACUGCAGACAGGAACCCUUCAUUAACCAAAGUAAUCACCUGAACUCUCAAGAGCUGAGUGCUCAGGGUAUACCAGUCACGUGACAAAACAGCAAGGCUAUCUGGAGAAGUCCACCUCUCUAAAUAUGCUGGUCAGUGUGGGCAAGUAUGGCAGAGCAAAGAAAAAAAAAAAAUUCAACCAUGAGCUCACAGGCCAGAAGGAAGGACAGAGAACAGGAGCAGAGAAUUUAGUUGGAUGUGAAAGGAACAGUCUUUGCUAUGCUAGUACAUAUUGCUAGAAGCUGCAUGCACUUCUAAGUCCCAGAAUGAGAAUUAGUCAACUGUUGCUAAUAUAAUGAUGCCCUUUCCCUGGAGCCAUUUUUUUUCCUGAUUAAUACUUAAUUCUAAAAAGAAGGUCACUAAAGUCACUUUCCUGUAAGUUCUCAGAGCCCCCAUCUUCCCACAUAUAAAACCUAAAAGCAAGAGUGCUCAAUAAGCAGAAGUGGAAACAUGAUGUAGUUCCAAAUAGCUAUCUAUAAAAUAUGAUUUAUAACUGUCAAGUCCCAUGUCCCUUCAUUUCACUUAGGUCUCCAUUUUUCCCAGGAUAGGAAACACAUCUCCCAUAGCUUUCUUGCUUCACAAAUGAAAACCCAGCACCCCAAGAUCAUUCUGCAAGUAAUUUUGCACAGACAUCUCACCCUAGUGCCUGUCUGGAGCUCACCCAAGGUCACCAAACAACUUGGUUGUGAACCAACUGCCUUAACCUUCAGGGGGGAGGGGGGUUAACUAGACGAGGAGACCAGCAGGAAUGGGAAGGGUGGAGGACUUCACCAGGCUGGAAUGUCAGCACUUGAGUAGAAGCCAAGCCAGUGACAGCAAGGGAUGGUUGGCCCCGGAAAAGCCUGUGCAUUGUGUGAAUUUCUAUGCAGGAAGUAAAGUGGACAGAAGCUUGUGGGAGAAAUGGAACCUGGUUGUUAUUCUUGGAGUAUGAAUUUUGCUGACGUAAAACAGAACAUGCUGUAAACCCGGUAUCUAUGUAUAAAUAAUGAGCAUUAACACAGUAAAAUAUUCAAUGAAAAAUCAAA